AGUACGAAAGGAAGUACGUUAAUAACAUUAUAUUACGUAACCUAAUAUAAUUAUCUAAUUUAUAUUUUUAUAAUAUACAUAAUAAUUUUUCUGCUUAGGCUGUAUGUUAGUAAGAUUCAAACAAAUAUCUAGGACCUAGCCAAACAGUAAUAAUUGUAAUAUUUUGUAUAGUAGCUGGUGAUUGUAGGAAUAAGAGGAUAAGAAAACAGGUUUUCAAUAGAUUUUGAACUAUACAUUCGUCUUUAUUUAGUUUCAGGUUAAAGAAAUUAACAUUUUCAUGUUAUUAUUGACCACGAUGAAAUGGAAAUGUGGAUAAUUUCAAAAUAUGGGAGUGGUGAUAACUAUUGUGCUGGUUAAUAAUAUUAAUCCAAAUGUAAACGGUAACCUUAUAUUCCUACAAAAAUUUAUAUUUAAAGUAAUACUUUGUAAUGUAAACUCUAAAUGUAAUUGAAUUCGUCAACGUAAACAUCAAUAACACAUAAUGUAAAUUUUUUAUAAUAUAUAGUUGAAGGUAUAAAACGUGGAAUUUGUGUAUGUGUAUGUUUCUCUGUUGUAGGUAUGGUUUAUAUAACGACUUGAAUACCAUUUUAUUUUAAUGAUAAAAAUAGAUAUUAUUGAAAACCCUUAUAAUGUCUUUGAUAGACACAAAAAAAUUGAUUUUAAUUAAAUAUAUUACGUAAUAGAAGUAUGUUAAUAACAUCUCUUAUGGUAAGUAAAUAUAAGAUUUUUGUAAAUUGUUUAUAAUACAGAUUAUAAUCUUUUUUGACUAUGUGAUAUGUUUGUAAAAUUAAAAUAAAUAUCUAUAAACUAACUCAAAGAUAAAGAAUGUAUUAUUUUUUUAUAACGUAUAUUGUUCAUUUUGUUUUAAUUAUAGUGGAAGGUAUAAAACAUGGAUACGAUAGUGUUCUUCUGUUGCAGAUUAAUAACGUGAAAAUUAUGUAAGUAAUAUUCAAUUUAAUGGAAUGUAUUUUAUUAUAUCUUAAAAGUAAUUAGAUAGAGAAAUGCAUGUAUUAAUACGGUAUUUAUAUAUUCUAUUAAUUAGUACAUUUAAAAUAUUUUGUCUUAGGAAAAGAUAAGUAGUCUACUUACCCUAAACCAUUAUUUAAUAUUAUAAUUUUCAAUUAAAUAUUUUAUUAUCAUUUCUGUAAUGUGAAGGGGAGUGAAAUCAAACUUCUGGUUAAGAAUUUAAUUGACAAUUUAUAAAAUUGUUUGUAUACUGAGAGAGUAAUUAUGUAAAAAUUUUUCAAGUAAUCAUCAAGUUUUAAACAACGAAUUUUAACAAGAUACAAUUAAUUUUGUAAUACCUAUAUAUGAUGGUCCUCUUUAUUCUGUUAGGGAUAAAAUCUUGGAAGUCGUAUAAAUAAUAUUGAAUCGUUAAGGAUUGUAAAUGGGGAGUAUUAACAAAGAUGAAUGAAUUGAGAAACAUAUAACCAAAUUGUGCAAUAAAAAAAUACACUUAAACAUUUUUACCACAAUAACAUAAGAUAAGGUAAGAUAAAUAAUAUAUGUUACCAAAAAAUCCUUUUAGACUUUUAUUAGUAUAAAGUUAAUUUAUAUCUCCAUUAUAUAAGUCAAUAUAUUUGAUAUGAAUCUUUUUUACCUUUAAGGCAUGAUCAUGAGAUAUUAGUAUAUAAAGGUCUUUUUAGCUGUUUCAGGAUUACAGAAUAUUCUGGAAGGGUACGGUGGGGGCUAGGGGCCGUCUCUUGUCAAGAUCUGUGAGGAAGGAUUUUGGAAGUUAAUCGCAGAUGUCUCGUAUGAAGAAGAGGCAGCAGGAGGGAGGCUCUAUACUCUAUACCAUUCUUUCAGUCAAAGCAGAAACAGAAGCUGUCAUGACUCUACAGAGGAGCGGCCUUGAAUACAACUGCAAUGGGAAAAAUGAAAACCUCAAAACCUUAAGAAUAUUUCCGGUCGUUAUUGAAGAUGUUUCUAUCAAUAAAACCACUCUACAGUUCCGGUUUAUCAGACACUUAAAUCUCUGCCAGAGAUCUUUAGACUAUGUGUACCCAAGAAGAAAAAUCAUCGAAAUACAAACGACGUACUGGCACCGGGUGUUGAAGUCUCCGACAGGAAUAAACUGAAACCCUCAAAAUUACAUCGUUACAACUUCUG